GUCAAAAAGCGUAAGAAGAUGGUCAGUAACAGUGCUGAUCCACUCUCUACGGGACCUGGACUUCAAGAGGGAGCAAUGGUCAACGAGGUUGACAAGGAGAGAACUCUGGAAUCUGCAGCACAUGCUGUAUCUCAACAAGUGUCUUCUAUUAAUGAUACAAGACGAGGAAACUGUGUUUCUAACUUGAGCUGUUCGGCUAAUGACAUCUCAAAAAGACCAGGCAGCAUGUUAGUGGAAAGUCGUGAACGAAGACAUUUGCGUAAAUCUCAGAAGAGUCUCCAUUUACUUUUGAAACCAGAGAUAGCAAGGCUUUGUGAAGUUUUACAUCUCUCAUGUUGGACUUCAGCCUCUUUGCUAAAGCACAAAAUUGAUCACAAGGAAUCUCUUGCACUUGCAAAAGAGCAUCUGAAAUUUGGCUGCAAGAAAGAAGAGGCUGAAUACGUUUACUCCAUGUUGCAGUGUUUAAAGAGUUUGUUCUUAUGCCAUGCAAAGAAUUUAGAGUUGGCAUGCUCUCUAAAAAAUCCUGCACAAUCGGAAGCUGUUGGUGAAGAUAAUCUGGUCACAUGUCUGUCCCGAACAUUUGACUCACGAAAGAUGAAAGUACAGAUUGGGGACUCAUUGCAGGGUCAGGAGUACUCCUCUAAGCAAACCCUUCUUGAGCCUGGAUUUGCGCUGGGUUUUCAAUUAGCUCAGAAAGAUCUCUCAAAAAGUAUCAAAGAUAUUCAGAAGAAAUUUCGUAAGAAGAUGAUGAAGCUAUUUCAAAAGCAAGAGGAAGAGAACUUGGAUUAUGACAGGAAGUAUAAGGAACAAAAGGCUCAACUGGAGAACAAGAAAAGGAUGGAGGCGGCUGUUAUUCGUUUGUGUAGUAAUGUUCAAACGAAAACUGAUAAGCUUAAGAAACUAGAUAGUGAAUAUGCAAAAAGGUUUGACAAGCUCAAGCACCAGAUGGACUUAGACCUUAACAGUCUUGAGGCAGCACAUACUGCUGCAAGGAUCAAGUUGCAAGAGAAGGAGGCUAGUUGGGUUGAAGGAGUUCGAUCCUGGGCACAAGUUGAAUUAGUAAAGCCUCCUUUGAAUAAGCAUGGGCCUGUGGAAGUAGCGCAUUGUGACGAGGUUGUAAAUAUCACAUCAGAUGGUGGGGUCAGGACAGUUGAUGUGAUGUCAGUUAAAGGAUUGAAGGCGUAUGACAGAGCUGGUGCUGGUGCCAAUGAUCCAAAGAAUGUUCUCUCUCUGGCUUCUUCAUCAAAAGAACAGGCUGCUGUUGGAGACAUGUCAGAUGGAGAGAUUCAAUCAAACUCCCCUCGACCAGUUACUGCAAAUCGUAGGCCACCAGAUGUUCCCCCUGCAACAUGUUCUUGUCAACAUCAGACUGACAAUGGGGCUCAAUCAAGUGUGCGUGAUGGGGAGAUUCAGCUGUAUGCCUCCAUGGAAGCACCAUCCUCAGUUCAAGAAAUCCCUAAUUCGACGACAAUAGGAAAUGGAGUUGAGACUCUGAAUUAUAUUGAAGCCCCAGAGGGCAUUAUGUCUAUGGAUAUCCAGUCAUCUGAUAAUCAAACUCCUUAUCAAGCCACACAAUGUGUGCCAGAUGGAGAAGUUUCACUGAGAUCGCCUGAGACUGAUGCGUCUAAUGUUGGUUUGGAGCAUGAUGACUCUCUGGUUCCACCUUCAACAGGAGAGCUAGUUUCUGAUAGAGAAAUUACAGUUGAGGUGCAAGAGACUGCUCCAACAGAGAUAAUUGCUGGUGAUAACUCCAGUGAAGGGACUAAUAGAGCGUGCAUCGUAGCCUCCAACAAUGCUGCUGGAAUGGACCAGCUGGAUGGAGCGGGUUGUGCUGUUUAUCAGGAAACUAAUUACCUGGAGUCAUCUCUAGUGGAUUCUCCUUCUCUGCAGCCUGUUAGUACCUCAGACCAAGGUGGUUGCACACCAUCAAAUAAGGGCUUAAACCAUGUACAUUCUCUGCCAUCUACAUCUGGGAAUCAAGUUGAACAUCUGCCUGUACCUGAUCAGCUGAGCAGUGAAAUGCAAAAUAUUCCCCAGCAAGAUGAACCGUCACUACCCCAUCAGCUGAGCAGUGAAGGCCUUAUUGCCUCCCCAAUUACUCAGGAUUCAAGACAGGUGGUGGAGAACUAUAACGAGCUUCCCAGUGAAGCUGCUCUGCAGCCUCCUGUUGGUGCUGCAGGACAUCUGCCAACUGAUACUAUUGAUGGCUUCAGCACUUAUACUUCUGCUGCAAGGACUUCAUCAAUCCCUUCUGCUCCAUAUUAUCGUCCUCUACAGACUGGAUACCAAGUACCAUACCAGAUGCCACUGCCGCUGCACAAUGACCCACUUCAAAAUGAGAUGGAAAGACUAAAAAAAGAAUCUGAUGAAGUCCUCAAGAUCCACGAAGAAACGAAGGUGCAGCUGAAAUCUGACUGGGAGAAGGAAAUUUUUCAAAUCAAUGCAAAAUAUGAGGCUAAACUUCAGGAGAAGGAAGCUGAGUUUCUGCGCAAGAAGGAGGAGUUGGAUAUAAAUUGCUGGAAAGUUUACAUGAACAAGAUCUUGGCAGAGGCCUUCAGAUCAAAAUGCAAGGAUGUUAAGGCAUCUGCUGCUCCUGGAAUGCAGUCAGGGGUGAUGCAGCAGCUGAUUCCACAAUCAUCCCAGCAAAGACUGUCCAUUGCCACCGGUCUACCCCCAACAGCACCAGUAGCGGCUAGCUUGCAGACAGCACCUUCUGCUGUCAGCUCCCAAGUUAUGGCCCCCCUUUUGCAGGCUGUUAAUUUUGCUGCUAGGCCCGCUACACUUGCAUGCAACCCUCUAGCAAGACCCCCUCUUGUUGGUACCAUGUCUCCCGCAGCAGGAAAUCACCAACUAAGCAGUGAAAUCCGGGCUCCUGCUCCGCAUUUACAACCUUUCAGACCGUCAACCUCUGUGCCUGUAACCGACCUCCAAUCUCUCACCCGUGGCAUAUCAAGCCAGUUAGCCAACUAUAAUCCUCCGGCAAGUAAUCUCUCUCUUCAGCACUGUCCACCAAACAUUCUGCCACCUGCCAGGAUCCCCCGACUUGAAACUGCAGGAGGGUUUUCUGCUCUUCCAAACACUCCUCGAUCCGCUAUGGAGAUGCUUAUGGAUGUUAGCAAUCAAGCUCCUGUGGAUCCAAAUCGUCCCAGCAAUUUUUCACGGCAACCAAUAAAUCCAGAUCCAUUGGUCCAAUCCCAACCCGGCAAUUCGAGUAUUAUGAGACCCAAUAUUAUUCAGACAGGGCGACCAGUUGAUAUUGUUUGUUUAUCGGAUUCAGAUGAAGACUGAUUAAUUUUUGUUUUCUCUUUUUCUCCGUUGGUUAUCGGAGAAGGGGGCAGGGGGAAGGGGCUCGCGGCGUUUCAACUAGGUACUUCCUUGUGGUUUGUUCAGAGGUCUUCUUUGUUAGGAGCCUGUUGUUCGGAAGCUUUUUCUUUGAAAGGGGGCUGUUGUAAUUCUCACAUCAUCCAAAUUUGUAUAUGGUUGGAUGCAUUUUGUAGAAAAAUGCAUGCUGUAAUAUAAAAAUGAAAAAAAAAAAAUGGUUUAUUUCUGAAGGGCCGUUAAAAUUUUCACCCGCAGUAUUUUCUUAA